AUGGCUGCUCAAGUCAGAGUUGAGGGAGUGUAUGGCCCCGGAUCAUUCACUGAUACAGCUUUUACGCCCGUGCCCGUGGAAAGCAAGAGGCUGCUUGUAGAGCUUGCAAAGAAGACACCCGGUUUCACCACUGAUCAAUCUCUUAUUGAUGGAGUAAAGUUUGUUGGCGAUGAGCUCCCCUGCAUACCAGGACCCAUCAAGUCUCAGGCUUUCACUGCAGCUCUUCAUGGAUUGGCGGGCAUCAUCGGUCACGAGAUCCUGCAGCUGCGUGGAUUCAAGACAUCCGGCGAGACUACGGUCAACACUGAUGCCGCUGGCAUGUUCCCUGCGACACCUGCUCUAGUACACAUCGAUGGAUCCGAAGGACCGCAGAUUCUCCAAAAUCCUGCGGUGAAAGUCUUUGAUCACGGUGCCGUCGCAACGCCUGUUAAGAUGCGAUCCCAGGCCAUCUAUCCAACGGCUACUCCUGGUGUCUGGUUUCAGCUCCACGGUAGCUUGGGCCCAGAACCCAUUCUCCGAUCCAUUGGCGUUGACCCAAAUGCCACUUUUGCAUCUGGAGAUGAGGCAUACGAACAUAUUAAGAAAAUCACCCAGACAUACACUGCAAGCGACCUCGAACAGCUCAUGGUAAAUCGAGGUUUCCCGGGAUCUAUUGUGCACUCGCCCGCGGGUUGGCUGGGCACCAUGAUGGGUCGCUCGCUCGCUCGACACCCACUCGUCAACUACAACAAGGCCCAAUUUACGGAGGCAACCCCCCCAGCUGCAUUCCCAACGGCACAGGAGAAUCCAGAUGCAAGGCCUCUUGCUGGCAUUAAAGUGCUGGAGUUGGCAAGGGUUAUCGCUGCACCAGCCUGCGGCACAAUCUUGGCGGCAAUGGGAGCCGACGUUAUUCGUGUGAACAGCAGCCAUCUCCCGGACUUUACACCGGCUCAACUCACGCUCAUGGCGGGGAAACGCUCUAUCGACCUCGACCUCGGCAAAGACGAGGAUAAAGAGACUCUUGAGUCUUUGGUAGCUGAUGCCGAUGUCAUCAUCCAGGGCUAUAGACUAGGAUCACUUGAAAGACGCGGAUUUGGCAAGUCGUUGGCUUUGGAGUUGGCCGCUGCUCGCAAGCGUGGCGUCGUCUAUUUGGACGAAAAUUGCUAUGGCCCCGACGGCUACUAUGCUGAGCGUCCAGGAUGGCAACAGGUCGCCGACGCUGCUGCGGGCAGUUCUUAUGUUGUUGGCAAGGCAUACGGCUUUCCUGAUGGCCAGGGCGUCCUCCCUUCACUUCCAAUCAGCGACAUGUCUACAGGCAUUCUCUCCGCAGUCAACGUCAUGAGCAUGCUGAGAGAUCGGGCCCGCUACGGUGGCAGUUGGUCAGGCUGCUCGAGCUUGACGGGUUACAAUGCCGCUACUCUGGAGUCAUGGGUCGGUCUGUACCAGCCAGACAUCGUCAAGCGCAUACAAGAUAGGUUCCAAUUUGAGCCGAUGACAAGCGAUCUCCAUGUCAUCGAGCUGUAUUACGCCAUCGUCCAAUCCUGGGACAGAUACGCUGAGCGGGACGGUAACUCGUACACGAGAAACGAGGAAUUCUAUACUCACUUCAAAGAUAGCGUCUACGGCAAGGACUUGCGUAUUUUGGCACCUAUUGUGCAAUAUACGAACCCUGCGGAUAAGAACUCGACUCCUAAGUGGACAUCACCGCCGGUGCCAUUCUGCUUUAACGAGACGGCUAUCUUCAAUUAA